CCAAGGGGAGUUUCCAGGAAGUGGCCAUAUUGGAUCCAUUCAGCCGCAGCCGCCCGGGCGGAGCGCGUCCCGCAGCCGGCUUGUCCCCGUCGCGGCCCCGGGUGCUCGCCCCGGCCCGCCCGCCGGGUGCGGAGCUCGCCAUGGCGGCCACGGACCUGGAACGCUUCUCGAAUGCGGAGUCAGAGCCCCGGAGCCUCUCCCUGGGCGGCCAUGUGGGCUUCGACAGCCUCCCCGACCAGCUGGUCAGCAAGUCGGUCACUCAGGGCUUCAGCUUCAACAUCCUCUGUGUGGGGGAGACUGGCAUCGGCAAGUCCACCCUGAUGAACACGCUCUUCAACACGACCUUCGAGACCGAGGAAGCCAGUCACCACGAGGAGUGUGUGCGCCUGCGGCCGCAGACCUACGACCUCCAGGAGAGCAACGUGCAGCUCAAGCUGACCAUCGUGGACGCCGUGGGCUUCGGGGAUCAGAUCAACAAGGACGAAAGUUACAGGCCCAUCGUGGACUACAUCGACGCGCAGUUCGAAAACUACCUGCAGGAGGAGCUGAAGAUCCGCCGCUCGCUCUUCGACUACCACGACACCAGGAUCCACGUGUGCCUCUACUUCAUCACGCCCACCGGCCACUCCCUCAAGUCCCUGGAUCUGGUGACCAUGAAGAAGCUCGACAGCAAGGUGAACAUUAUUCCCAUCAUUGCUAAGGCUGACACCAUCUCCAAGAGUGAGCUCCACAAGUUCAAGAUCAAGAUCAUGGGCGAGCUGGUCAGCAACGGGGUCCAGAUCUACCAGUUCCCCACUGACGACGAGGCCGUUGCAGAGAUUAAUGCAGUCAUGAAUGCACACCUGCCCUUCGCCGUGGUGGGCAGCACCGAGGAGGUGAAGGUGGGGAACAAGCUGGUCCGAGCGCGGCAGUACCCGUGGGGAGUGGUACAGGUGGAGAACGAGAACCACUGCGACUUCGUGAAGCUCCGGGAGAUGCUGAUCCGGGUGAACAUGGAGGACCUCCGCGAGCAGACCCACAGUCGGCACUAUGAGCUCUACCGGCGCUGCAAGUUGGAGGAGAUGGGCUUCCAGGACAGCGAUGGGGACAGCCAGCCUUUCAGCCUUCAGGAGACCUACGAAGCCAAGAGGAAGGAGUUCCUGACCGAGCUGCAGAGGAAGGAGGAGGAGAUGAGGCAGAUGUUCGUCAACAAAGUGAAGGAGACGGAGCUGGAGCUGAAGGAGAAGGAAAGGGAGCUCCACGAGAAGUUUGAGCACCUCAAGCGGAUCCACCAGGAGGAGAAGCGCAAGGUGGAGGAAAAGCGCCGGGAGCUGGAGGAGGAGACCAACGCCUUCAACCGCAGGAAGGCGGCUGUGGAGGCCCUGCAGGCCCAGGCCUUGCACGCCACCUUGCAGCAGCCCCUGCGGAAGGACAAGGACAAGAAGAACAGAUCAGAUAUAGGAGCACACCAGUCGGGCAUGAGCCUCUCCAACUCUAAGGUGAUGAUGACCAAGGCCAGUGUGGAGCCCUUGAACUGCAGCAGUUGGUGGCCUGCCAUACAGUGCUGCAGCUGCUUGGUCAGGGACGCGACGUGGAGGGAAGGAUUCCUCUGAGGCAGCAGCUCCACCACGUGGGGCCAGCCUGUGACCACCAGGGAGUGGAACUGGACAUUGUGGUUUUCCAUGUUAGGACAGAAAACCCCAUACUUUUCAUAUAUCAAUGACCAAAAGUGCAAACAAUUUAAAUUUCCAUCAGGGAACAUCAAAUGUGGCCCAACCCCUUUCUUUGUCAUCCGUGGCCCCACAAGGAGCUUGAGGCUUCACGCCCCUUCUGUGGUCAAGCUGAGCUUCAGCCUUGGAGAGAGCAAAGGCAGUCUGCUUUGUAACGUGGCCUGAGGUGGCCUGAAGGAGCGAGAUAACAAUGUUUCAAUUCUGAAAAGUGGAAGCAGCCUCUUCAAGAUUAAGGCAGCAGAAAAGUUACUUGUAUCUGCUUGACCCGAGGAAAAAAAACCCUGCAACUUGGCCACAGUGGCCAGUUUUCAUCACGAAACAGCCCUUACUGACACAAUCUUCAUGCUGCAUAACAGACCCCAAACCCGCGCCAUUUCCACAUUACAUGAUUUUGCCUUACUAACAGAAUCGUAUCCUUAAGGUUGACCAUCAUUCCCUAACGAAAACCAAUCCAGACUGAUAGGAUAUUUUUUAAGUGCCAGAUCGAUAUGGUCUACAGCCUCAAUAAGGAUUGUGUGUAGGUGAAGAAAGACAGCUAAGUGAAUGUGUGUAAAGUGUAGCAAAAGCAGACAGCUUUUUAUGUACAGUAUUCAUAGAAUGGAAAGUUAAAUAUUUUUGCAAUGUGUAUUUAAGAGAAACGCACCCUAAUAAUGCCAUCUCAAAAUCUUUGUAACGUUAACUAAUGUCCUUUAGUGGUGAGAGUCUGGUGGAACUGUGUUGGACUUAAGAUACAUUUUCACUGUUCCGUGUGUCAUGAGCCUCGUGGGUGACCUUACUGUGGUGCAUGUGCAAGGGCGUGUGCACACUCGUGCUUGGCCGUCCUCUGUAGUGAGCUGUUUCAAAGGCGCAGAUGAAUCUCGGGCAGACUGCAAAUCCCUCGUAUUUACUAUGGUCCAGGAGUCCAGCGGCGCCCCCGCAUAAGGGCCCCAGUGCAGUCUGCCCCAAAUAGCCAGCUCCAUCCUCGGCAACUCAUUCGGGGUACAGCCAGAGCCACAGUGCUUUAUGGAGUCUUUGAUGUGUGGAGUGAACUGUAAAAAGAAAAUAAAGAGGCCGAAGCCC